GCAUCAACAUCAUUAUAUAUUACACCAAUAUCUCACGCAACCUAUAAUACAUGCAGUCGCAUAUCGUGUCAAUUUUCGUAUAACAAAUUCGUCGCAAUAAAGCGUCUAAGUCUAAUUCUAAGAACUCGACGUUAUUUGUUCGUGCAAAUUACGUGUUUGUGGAUUACUACUUCGUGGAUAAACUUGAUAGUAAACAUUUGAAAAAAUUUAAACAGUGAGGACUAAAAAAAGAAUUCAAAGAACAUUACUAUAAAAGUAAUUGAGAAUAUCUCUGAAAAGAUUGGGAUUUGAAUCUAAAAAAAAUGAAUUCUAAAUCUCAAAAUUCGCAAAAUUUGAAUCAACAUGAACAAAAGCACAAUGACCCAAAAGGAUAUAUAUGCUAUCAUUGCGAUAAGGAAUUUACCUUCACGAGAGAUUUCACAAAACAUAAUAAAGAAGUACAUAAAGAAGUUAAACCUUAUAAAUGCAGAAAGUGUGGUAAAACGUUUCAGUAUGAAGCGGAUUUGCUUCGUCAUGAGCCGAUUCAUGCAGGGGAAAAACCUUAUAAAUGCAAGUCAUGCGAAGCAUCAUUUAAAACUCGGGACUGUUUGAAUUAUCAUAUAAGCACGAUUCAUAUCGAAAUACAUAAAUGUGAUAAAUGUUCUUGUACAUUUGCCUCUCCUAGCCACUUAGAACGGCACUUAGAAAUACAUGCAGAAUAUAUUUGCGAGAUUUGCGGCAAAGGUUUUCUUAUAAUGACAGACAAAGACAUGCACAGUUUGGAACACGAUAAAAAGCUAUUUAAAUGUUCGGUAUGUGGCGACUACUUCAAAGGUAGACGCUCACUUCGAAGACAUGAGCGAAAUAAGGUUUGCAACAAAGUCCUUCGUUCCAAUCACGACAAAGACCUUCGUUCCAGCCACAACGAAGUCCAGCCUAGAUUUGUAUACAAUAAUAAAAAGCGAUUUGAAUGUUUGGUAUGUGACAAGGACUUUAUAUAUAAAAAACUACUUCGUACUCAUUUUCGUGAGCAACAUAAGGAUUACAUAAGUGACACCUGUACGAUAAGUGAAGAACAAACUGACAAAAAAGCAGAUAUAGAGUCAGCGAUACAUGCGCAUAUAAUUCAUAAAACCAGCUAAUGACAAAGUAGGAAAGACAAUAUGGUGGGUAAGCGCUAAGCAUUGCGUGGAGAAGAAUGCCGAAUACAAGCGGAAUCAGCGGAUACCGAACAGACAGAAGAGAUGAACUCGAGCAAUAGAGAGGGUCACAAAUAAA